AUGUGUAGCAUACAAUUAAAUUAUUCAAAAAAAUCUUACAAUGUGAUUUCUUAUUUAAGUUUCAAUAACUAUCUAGAGUUUAUUGCUGACAUUUUUCUUCAUAUAACAUACCUGUUUGGUGGAAGUACAGAUUCUCCUCGGAGUCCCAGCAUUGAAAUCCCAGCUGAUCUUUUGGAGAAGACGUCUGUCUCCAUCACCUGCUCGGCUCCCACUCCCUGUCCUCACUCCCCUCCUGAACUCACCUGGAAUCUCCAAGCAGACUCUCAGAGACAAACGGAGACAAACACAGAUGGAAGCUUUACAACUAAAAUCCAGAAGACCAUCACUCUGUCAGACACUCAUGAUGGAUUCACCAUCAGAUGUUCUGCCAGAUAUCCUGUGAAUGAAGGACCACCAAAGACAGCAGAGACACUAAAGACUCUCAGUGUUUCAUAUGCUCCUAAGAACACCUCAGCAUCCAUCAGUCCAUCAGGUUCAGUGUCUGCAGGUAUCUGUGUGAAGAUGACCUUCAGCUGGUUCAGGAGCAGCACAGAUGGAGACCAGAAAGUAGCUGAAGGAGAAUUUUACAGCCUGAAUCCAGCAGAAGGAGGAGCUUUUUACUGUGUGGCUACAAGUGAUCUGGGGAACCAGACGUCUGGAAAGAUUGAUCUGAUAGUUGAAGUGAGGAGAGCAUCUGUGGAUCACAGCAGGAUCCCUGAGGACCGGUCCAUGCCGUCCGGUCUCUGUGACCGGGAGGAGACGGCAGCCUUCAAGUCCAAGAUGAGACACGACGACGGCAGAGAAACUGUUACAGCCGAGGUAUAA